GAAAUGUAUAAAUUAUUUUGCAUUAUUUCAACUAUUUUAAACUUGUGUUUAGGUGUUUUACGAAGUGCGUGUACAAAACAAAUUGGAAGUGCAUAUGCCAGACAAAGAGACUAAGCCGCAUGUUAUGAGAGUUGGUUGGUCAGUUGAUUCUUCACCUUUCGCUGUUGGUGAAGCAGCAUUGUCUUAUGGUUAUGGAGGAACUGGGAGAGCUUCUUGUAACAACAAGUUCUCUCAUUAUGGAGAGCCGUACAGCACAGAUGACGUAAUUACAUGUUAUAUUGAUUUAGACGCUGUUCCAAAAGCAAUAUUUUUUGCUAAGAAUGGAAAAUAUCUCGAUGUAGCAUUUCGUUUGGGUUCCGAAGCAGAUGGAAAAGUAUUUUAUCCUCAUAUUUCGGUGAAAAAUAUGAGAUUUGUUGCCAAUUUUGGAGCAUUUAAUCCUCACUUCCCACCCGUUCAAGGUUUUUGCUUCAUACAACACCUACCACCUCAAAUGUUGAGUGUACCACCAGCUGCACCAAGAGAUCGUCGGGAAUGUGAGGUUCUUAUGAUGGUUGGUCUGCCAUCUUGUGGCAAGACCACGUGGCUGGAGAAGUAUGUAAAAGAUCACCCAGAAAAGAAGUACAACGUUCUUGGAACAAAUGAUAUUCUAGUCAAAAUGAAAGUAAUGGGCUUAACCAGAAAGAGAAAUUACCAUGGUCGUUGGGAUGCACUUAUUAAACAAGCGACAGGAAUUUUGAACGAAAUGUUGAAAGUUGCCAAGCACAAAAAUCGUAAUUAUAUUUUGGAUCAAACUAAUGUGUAUCCAAAUGCUCGCCGCCGGAAGAUGGGGAAUUUUAAAGGAUACCGCCAUAUUGCAGUUGUGUUGGUGAACGAGAAUUCUGUUCUCAUGCAAAGAAAUGCUGAAGUGGUACGUCGAGACGGUAAAAUCGUUCCUGAAUCUGCGUUCAUGGAGAUGAAGAGCAACUUCACGUUGCCAGUUCAAGGCGAGGUCUUUGAUGAAGUCCGGUAUGUUGAAGAAAACGAAGAGAGAUCACAUAAUCUUGUCCUUGAAUUUAAUGAAGAAGGAAGGAAUUGGAAAGAAAAUCAGAAAAAAAGACCAAUUGAUGAUGUGCAGGUGAAAACACAAACGGGAACAGAUUUCAAAAAAUCGAAGUAUGGAGAAACAGCAAGUUCCGACCAGUAUAGAAAUCAGUAUGGUGCGCAGGGUCCUAGAAUUCAGGAAGGUGGAUUUCAACAUGGCUCGCAUUCACAGCAUUCCAAUCAAGGCGGAAGACCCAACGUUCCCGUACAAGAGAGUCACCCCGUAGAUACACAUAGAGAAGAGUAUCAACAACCAAAUCAGAAUGCUUAUCCUCAAAGGCAGCAGCAAAGCAAUCCACCAUACCAUGGCAGGAACCGGCACUUUCAAGGGAACAAUCCUGGAGAAUCAGAAAGGCCUCAGGAUAUUGGUGGUCACAGUCGUGAAGGAUUUCAUCAAGGACAACAAAGACGGAAUUUUGGUUAUCAACAAGGUGGUCAAGAUGGAGGAAGAUUUCCACAUGAAAAUGCUGGAAACAAUCAACUUACCGUACCUCAAGACAUUCGGGGUGAAGGUGGGCAAUCGAGAAAUAACCCUCGUUAUUAUCAAGGUGCUCAAGGUCAUCAAAGUGGUCAGGGUGAUUGGCGUUAUUCACAAGGAAACGGCGGAAACAAUUAUAAUCAACCUCCUCAAGGUGACUGGGGUAAGCGUGAGCCUUUUCAAGGACAACCAAGAAACAACCCUGAGCAUCAACGACACGGUCAAGGUGAAGGGGGUGGUCAUACACGUGGAAAUCCAGGGAACGUUUAUCACAAACCUGUCAAUCCACACAGUAGUAGUCAGAAUGAAAAUUAUUCGAGAAGCAGAAAUGAAAAUUCAUCUACACAGCCAGGUUACACUGGAUUGUCACAUAUGAAGAAAGAAAGCUUGCAAGCAGCACAGGGAGUUUCCAAAAAUCCGAAUGAAAGUUACUACGGAGGCAACCAACCAGGAGGCUAUGAUUCUUCUCAAAAUUAUCCACUCCCGAAAGCUUACGACGACCCAUUUCAAGGUUACCAUGGCAGCUCCGAGAGUUGGAACGCACAACAGAAACAAGGUGGUUUAAAUAAUCAAUCCCGUGGGUACUGGGGUGGUGGACAAGGAUGGGGCUCCGCAUCAGGGUCGCAAGGUUAUGGCAAUUCACAACACAAUGUUCCUCAAUCAAUAAAACAGGACAAUUCGGACCGUAACCAGCAAUACUAUCAUCAAGGACAGUCUCAAAAUUAUCAGUAGUAAUGUUAUAGUAAGCUAACAGACAGUCUCAAAACUAUCAGUGUUAAUGUUACUGUACGCCAUUUAUAUAUAGAAAACGGCUUCUUAUGGUCAAGAAAAUAAUCAGUCAGUCAGGACGUUUUUAAACUCGUCCAGAAACCCUGCUAUUUCAAAGCCGUCUUAACUGUGUACUUCCACUCAAGAGGGAGGUAAUAUCAGCUAUUCGGGGAAGGCGGGAACUGGACUUUAAAACGCACAAAGCUUGCGUUUAACUUUCAUUAUUGGGGGGAAAAGGUUCUUAUCGAUGAGUAAACGCGUGAGACCAUAUUCAUGUAACAGAAGGCAUAAAAAAUUAUUGAAUGUGUUGUUGAAGUUUUAACCAGUGUAGCCUGUGCACACACUGUAUAUACGUUCUCUUGGGGAGAUUAUCAUUAUUUGUGCAGGUCACGUGGAUUUUCCACGGAUUUGUGGAAAGACAUCUAAUUGGACAGUCCUUAACCAUUUCAUUGGUUGUUAACUUUUACAUAAUUUAUAGUCACGUGGCCACCGAAAUUAUUCCCUUAUUUAGAAAGGCAAUAAGAUACAAGAACGGCAGCGUGCUAUUUAGGGAACCAACCGCAGAAAAUUAUAGAUUACAUUAUAGCUACAUGCUGUGCAGAUAGAUGUCUUUCCACAAAUCCGUGGAAAAUCCACGUGACCUGUACAUCGUGACCUGUGCACAUGAUAACUAAUUACUGUUAGCAUUCUAUUUCAACACUUGUUGGAAAUACACCAUUAUGAGAUAUGCUAAUAACUAUCAAGCUAUGAUAUUUUACAUCUAAUGAACAAAAAUAUAUUACUAUUGAACUUGUAUAUAUUUCUUACAUUCUACUUGUGUCAUAUACCUGUAUAACUAACGUUGAUUUGUAAAAUCGUUUUUAACGAAACUGUAGGCGUAGCAUUUCGAAACAGUUGACAAAAAAUUAUACUUGAUUCAAGUCAAGCGGUUUGAUGGGCGUUUUGUUUUUUUAGAUUGAUUUGAAACUAAUUUUCAUUUUUGCC